AAUUACCGAGUAGUACGCCCCCAGAUCCAAUUGAUCUCCGUAUUCAAUCCGGCCAGUUAUGCAAAUGCGAAUUUCUCUCUGUUUCAUUUACAAGACAGGCUACGCCAUUUCCUUGGAGCAGUUAUUUUCUGUUUUUAUCUUGUGGAUCUUCAGUUUUUACAAGUGUCUUCAACGCCCUUAAUUUUGUAAACCCUGCCCCUGUGCUGUGUGUGUAUUUAAGUGUUGUGCUUAAGCAACUUUUUCUUUCUCACCUUCUCCAAUCCUCAUGCUUGUCACCUACUCCUUUUAAGUUCCCCACUCCCCCGUCUCACACUUCUUCCGCCUCUUUUUCCAUCAGAUUAGGGAGUGAGGCCCGCUCAAAGGCAGCGCAGCAGCAAGCAAAGGGAGAAAGCAAGCAAGGGAGUAAGCAGAGGGCAAAGCAAGCAGCUAGCUCAGCUGCUCAGUGCUCACUCCUCCACCAUUGCAGCGUUUGCUCUGUGCUGGUCGUCUUCCGUUUGCAGGAGAAUUCCUUGCUUGUUGUUGCGUGGUGGUGAUGGACAGGCACACCUGCAAGCUCUGCUUCCGAAGGUUCCACAAUGGCCGCGCGCUGGGCGGCCACAUGCGCUCCCAUGUCAUGGCCGCGUCGGCUGCAGCGUUCCACUCGCCGCUGCUGUCGCGGCAGCCGCAAUCGCCGCCGCUCUCCCUGUCCCUGGCGUCUACCUCGUCGACAGAGAUGGGUGACGACAAGCCGUCGGCGCAGCAGAAGCCGCCACCGACGCCGUGCGUUGUACGCGAAGGCACCAAGAAAAGGUUCGACGACUCCCCUGGAUUCUCUUCCCGCGGUAGGGCCGCCCGCGGCGGCGAGUCGUCGGUCGUGCAGGACGGGGAGAGCGACACGGAGUCGUCGUCCCCGCGGUUCGCCGUCGUGAGCCGGCGACGCUCGAAGCGGGCGCGCCGGCGCGCGCCGCCACCGGCGGUGGUGGUGGCGUCCGACGAUCCCGAGCAGCCAGCUGCGAGCAGCGUCUCCGACGCGAUGCCCGUGGAGGACGUGGCCAUGUCGCUCGUGAUGCUGUCUCGGGACUCGUGGACGCGGUCCAGCAGAUCCGGCCGGGGGGACCCGGCGAGCUCGGAGGCCGUGCAGAGGCAGAACAAUGACCACGACGACGACGACGACGACGGCGUCCGCUCGUUCGUCGGCGUCGGCGCGGACGACGCCGAUCAUCACGAGCACGAGGACGACGACGUCGUCGCGCGCCCGCCGCGCGGCGGCAGGCACCACCAGUGCGGCGUGUGCAGGAAGGUGUUCCGGUCGUACCAGGCGCUCGGCGGCCACCGCGCCAGCAUCAAGAAAGGGAAGGGCGGGUGCUUGCCGGUGCCGGUGCCGGUUCCGCCUCCCGCCGCGCCGUCGUCGUCCAAGUCUCACUGCCGCGCCGAGAACAACGGCCCGGCGCCGGCGGUCCACGAGUGCCCGUUCUGCUUCCGCGUGUUCGAGUCCGGACAGGCCCUGGGCGGCCACAAGCGCGCGCACAUGCCGUCCUCCGCCGCCGGCGCCGGCGCGCCCGCCCCGCCGACGACCCCAUCCCCGCGGACGCCUGCAGCGAAAUGCGGCGACAGCUCCGGGUCCUUCGAUCUCAACGUGCCGGCCGCCGCGACAGACGACGACUUCGAGCUCUCCGCCGUGUACGACACCGAGUUCGGCGGCGGCAGACAGUGAGGCCUGCCAGCUGCUGAUCCGAUCGAUACCUACUACGACAGUAGGACGCCAACUUCAGACCGAGACCGGCCGGCUGAUGCUCUUUGCGCAGCUGCUGGCUGCUGAGGUAAGGGCGUGGGUUCCAUCCAUUCCAUGCAAGAACCAGAUGGAUCAUGGAGAACAACAGUUGAGCAUUUUUUUUUGUUUCCUUUCUGUUGUUUCCUCUAGCAGUACGUAUACUGUACCUAAAUUAGAUGAACAUCAGCACAUUCAUAUUCUUUUGGUU